CUGAGCGUUUCUUAGAUCUCAUCGUUUUUUCCCAGAUUGUUCCGGUCGAUGGUUUACUGUCUGCUCCUCUUUCCGUCUGUUUCCCGCCUGGUUUUGGUGAUUUGUUGCGCAGCAUCUGAUGUCGCGCCCGGCCGGGACGCGCUGCGCCGCCAAGGAGCCGGUCAGGGUGAGCAUCCCGCGCUACGUCCUGCGCGGCCAGGGCAAGGACGAACACUUCGAGUUCGAGGUCAAGGUCUCGGUGAUGGACGACAGCUGGACCGUGUUCAGACGCUACAGCCGCUUCAGAGAAAUGCACAGGAGCCUAAAGUCCAAAUAUCCGGAGCUGGCGGCGCUGGAGUUUCCUCCGAAGAAGCUGUUUGGGAACCGGGACGAGCGGAUGGUAUCGGAGCGCCGCAGCCACCUGGAGCGGUACCUAAGGAACCUGUUCCGGGUCAUGCUGUCCUGCUCCGGUUCUCCUCUCAGACCCGAUGAGGACGGAGUUUUCCGCCUGUCAAAGUUCAACAUCUGUGAGUUUUCUCCGUUCUUCAAGAAGGGCGUCUUCGAGUCCAGCAGCCACGGAACCAGCUGAGACAGAACCAGCCACAGAGGUCUGGACCUUCCUGUUUAUGUGGUUCUGGUGGUUCUCCUGUUUGGUCUUGCAGGACGAGUCGAUCCGGUCUGGACGACAGAAGCUUAAGUUCGGCUCAGACCACAGAACCCGCCCAGUUCUGGUUCUGGUUCCUUCAGCUGCUCAGGACAGAACAGAACCCAAGUUCUGGAUCCGAAGGGUUGUGGAGAAGAUCUGUAGCUUCUCUGUAGAAACAAAGCUUCCUGUUUGCUGCUAUAAAUCAAUAAAUUAUGAGCCAAUAAAACCGGAUCAGAACCGACGGCAGGUUGGACCAAAAUGUUCCUUUCUGCUGGAAAGCCGACGAUAAAACUGGAAAUAAUUUAAAUGUAAAAAUGUCUGAAAUAUACAAAAUAAAUCUGAUUCAA